AUGUAUCGGAAGUUGUCUAAGUUAGAACACUCGGAAAUAAAACAACUUCUUACAGAAGCUAACAUAGAUGUUGCAAAGCAUUACGCAACAAACAAAAAAGCACUUGCUGACUUCAUUAAAGACUAUAAUGGUGCAAUAAGUUAUGAUAGAAUUCAUGAGUUCAUAAAGCCGCAACGCGGCGAGGACGAAGUCCAUGCAAUAGCAUUUCCUUUAAAUGACGUUGCUAUUGACUUAUAUCAUAGACGUUCAGUACCUCAUGAAGUAAGAAGAGAAAUGUUUGACAUAACAAAUGCAAACAUUGGUCAUACUCGUAAAGCUCUUUCGCAUGAUGUUCGUCAAGAGAUGUUUGACAUAACAAAUGCAAACAUUGGUCAUACUCGUAAAGCUCUUUCGCAUGAUGUUCGUCAAGAGAUGUUUGACAUAACAAAUGCAAACAUUGGUGAAACACGAAAGAGAGACGACACACUGAAACAACAGAGAAGAGAGAUGUUUAAGAGCGCUAUAGAACAAGUUCGCAAAGCUAACGAUGUCAUUCGUUCCAUUGACGACAAACCAAAAGAAGGUGAGAGAUGGUUAAAGAAAGAUGAAGAGAAUAGGAAGAGAAAUGUGAAGUCAGGCAAUAGACUCAUUGACUUUAACAUCGAAGCUUUAGAUGAACCAAACAGAGACUACUUACACAAACAUUUCGGUAAGGUUUUCAUGAGACUCUUAGAGAAGAUUAAAAUAAACUCCCAACAGAGAUGGAUGGUAUGUUAUAAACUUGGUGGAAAGUAUGAAUGUUCUAC